UAGAGAUGUGAAGCCCCCAAGCCCUCCAGACAACAUUCCCUUUGGCUUUGCCUUUCUUGGUGCCACAAUACCUAAGAUUCUUCUAAUCAUGUCUUCCGUCAGCUGUCAAGUCAAUGAUUAAUCCCUCUUCAAGGGCAUCUUCCAAAAGGCUGACCAAGCGGCACAGCCCACGGUGGGGAGGUUAAAGGGACAAUUGUGCAAGACACGCAUAAAAAAAGGAAAUAUAAAAAGGAAAAAAAAAACAAUAAAAAAGACAUCCUGCUGGGUCUUUGACCUCAGCGUGUCCCAGGGAACAUUAAUCACGAGCCUGAUUAUCCCCUUGAUGCCAAAAACUCUACAAAUGGAGUGGGAGAGCUUCCCCUGGCCCUGUGCAGUUCUUGCUGCCUUUCCCCAGGCCCCAAAGCACCUCUGUACAUCCAUUUUCCUCAAUUUUUGGCUUUAGCCAGCACACUGCACAACCCGGGUGGAACAACUAGCCGUGGUAAACCAGGGUGUGAUUCUUUGGGUCUGCCAGAAGCCCCUCAGACACCCCCAGACCCCAGAGUGCCCAGGCAGCCCUGUCCACCCACAGCCGCCCCAGGCAGGUCCCUGAGGGGGUCCCUCAAGGCUGAGGGAGCAGCAAGCAGGGACUCAGAUACAGCGGCACCUCAGGGGACACCCAGGGAGACCAAACCCCUUCCCCACAUUCACCUUUUUGUUUCCCGCCUUGUUUUUUCCCCUCAGAGCACAGCGCCGGCCGGCCACCCCACAGUGCCAUCGCCAAGCGGAGGCAGCCCCAUGGAGGCCAUCCAGGAGUCAUUCCAGAAGGUGGAGAAGAUCGGGGAGGGCACUUACGGUGUGGUGUACAAGGCUCGCAACAAGCGCACGGGGCAGCUGGUGGCCCUCAAGAAGAUCCGCUUGGACGCGGAGUCAGAGGGUGUCCCCAGCACUGCGAUCCGAGAAAUCUCACUGCUGAAGGAGCUGAAGCACCCCAACAUAGUCAGGCUCCUAGAUGUGAUACACAGCCAGAAGAAGCUCUAUAUAGUGUUUGAGUAUCUGAGUCAGGACCUGAAGAAAUACAUGGACUCGUGCCAAUCCGGAGCUCUCCCUUUAAGCUUGGUCAAGAACUACCUUUUCCAGCUGCUGCAGGGUGUGAGCUUCUGCCACUCUCACAGGGUCAUCCACAGGGACUUGAAGCCACAGAACUUGCUCAUUAACGAAGCAGGAGCAAUCAAGUUGGCUGAUUUUGGACUGGCAAGAGCUUUUGGAGUCCCCCUGCGCACAUACACUCAUGAGGUGGUGACUCUGUGGUACCGAGCCCCCGAGAUACUGCUGGGAUGCAGGUACUACUCAACCCCUGUGGAUAUCUGGAGCAUCGGCUGCAUCUUUGCAGAAAUGAUGACCAGGAAGGCCCUGUUUCCAGGGGACUCUGAGAUCGACCAGCUCUUCCAGAUCUUUCGCACCCUGGGCACUCCCACCGAGGUGACCUGGCCUGGCGUGACCCAGCUGCCUGACUACAAGGGGAGCUUUCCCCGGUGGCCAAAGAAGGAGAUGAAGGACAUUGUUCCCAACUUGGAUCGAGAUGGGAGAGACUUACUGACGCAAUUGCUCCUGUAUGAUCCCAGCAAGCGCAUCUCAGCCAAGGCAGCCCUCAACCACCAGUACUUCCUCAGCAGGAGCUCCGGGACCCCUGAACAGCGACACACACUGCGGAGAGAAUGCAGAUGAGAGGACACAGCUCUCCCCAAGCUCCUGCACCUCCAGGUAGCACUGCAGGUCUGGUUUGGGGCCCAGCUGGGACUCAGGAUCUUGCUUCUCCCGAGGAGCCUGGAAGAGGACAUUCUUGGCAUUUAGAGACUCUCAGCCUGUUGCUGGGGGAAAGUUUGUGUUGCAGCCAGAGAGUGGUUUGAAGAGGUCAUGUGCAAAAGGGUGGGGGUCAUUUAUCAGCAUAAAACACUGAAAUGUAGAGAAGAGAGCAUCUCUCUGAGGUUUGUCCUUGCAUUAGUGAGCUAAAGUGACUCACAGUGAGUUCUGUUUCCAGCACUGGAGCAUCCCUAGCUCUGUCAGUGGCAGUUGCUGGCACCAGGGCGUGCUGGAGCUCCACUUUGGGAAAAGGAGCUCAGCCCUUUACUGCUGUUACCACACCAGGCUUGUCAGCACGUUGUUUAGUCUGAGCUGUUUAACAGAGCUCACAUCCUGCUCUUCCACAAGCUGAAGAGCACUAUCAGGAGUCUUAAUUUGUGCGUUAGGUGGGACCAAGAAGCCAAAAGACCCAGUUAUCAUAAAGCAGAUCCAGUUAGGAUAAAGCACUUGCUGGAUAUGACUGGAAACAGGAACAGCUAAACCACUGACUUUCCAUCAUCUUUCCAGAUGUAAUGCUGUUUCCUCUGCUUUAUUGUAUUGGAAAUGUUUUUGCAGUUCAAAUGUUUGGAGAAUUGUCACUGACUCUUGGUGUGGUUUUGUAAUUUUCAUUUUUUUCUUUCAGUAUAGAAUAAAAUAUAUACUUGUAGUUUGUUCAGAAA